AUGAGCAACAACAACAAUAACAAGAGCAAGCACACUCAACAACACUCGACAACUCAACUAGCGCUUGAACUUAUACCUAAAGUGAAAUACGAAAAAUUGGCGAAACUACAACCAAUUACAACAACUUGCUCAUCAUCAACCAUUUCCCGCAUAGAUUUCAUCGAACGAUGGGGCCUAACACCGGUUCUGCGACCGCGUCAAGAACAACCAUUAAGCGGUGAAAAUUUAUCAACAGCAUCGCCCCCUCUUCUGCGUAAUAGGUCUCUACCCAAAUUAAGCAGUCAAGACGAAGAAGGGGGGGCAGGUCAUGGGUAUGGUGGGGGGCCACAGCACUUUGAACCCAUUCCUCAUGAUCAUGAUUUUUGCGAAAGAGUCGUUAUAAAUGUAAGCGGGUUAAGGUUCGAAACACAAUUACGAACGUUAAAUCAAUUUCCGGACACACUGCUGGGGGAUCCAGCUCGGCGAUUACGGUACUUUGACCCGCUUAGAAAUGAAUAUUUUUUUGACCGUAGUCGGCCGAGCUUCGAUGCAAUUUUAUACUAUUAUCAAAGUGGUGGUCGACUGCGGAGACCGGUCAAUGUCCCUUUAGACGUAUUUAGUGAAGAAAUAAAAUUUUAUGAAUUAGGUGAUCAAGCAAUUAAUAAAUUCAGAGAGGAUGAAGGCUUUAUUAAAGAGGAAGAAAGACCAUUGCCGGAUAAUGAAAGUCAAAGAAAAGUCUGGUUACUCUUCGAGUAUCCGGAGAGUUCGCAAGCCGCCAGAGUUGUAGCCAUAAUUAGUGUAUUUGUUAUAUUGCUAUCAAUUGUUAUAUUUUGUCUAGAAACAUUACCCGAAUUUAAGCAUUACAAGGUGUUCAAUACAACAACAAAUGGCACAAAAAUCGAGGAAGACGAGGUGCCUGACAUCACAGAUCCUUUCUUCCUUAUAGAAACAAUAUGUAUUAUUUGGUUUACAUUUGAACUCACAGUCAGGUUCCUCGCAUGUCCGAAUAAGUUACAUUUCUGCAGGGAUGUCAUGAAUGUUAUCGACAUAAUCGCCAUCAUUCCGUAUUUUAUAACAUUGGCGACCGUCGUCGCCGAAGAGGAGGAUACGUUAAAUCUUCCAAAAGCGCCAGUCAGUCCACAGGACAAGUCAUCGAAUCAGGCUAUGUCCUUGGCAAUAUUACGAGUGAUACGAUUAGUUCGAGUAUUUCGAAUAUUUAAGUUAUCUAGGCAUUCGAAGGGUUUACAAAUUUUAGGACGAACUCUGAAAGCCUCAAUGCGGGAAUUAGGUUUACUUAUAUUUUUCUUAUUUAUAGGCGUUGUACUCUUCUCAUCGGCGGUUUAUUUUGCGGAAGCUGGAAGCGAAAAUUCCUUCUUCAAGUCCAUACCCGAUGCAUUUUGGUGGGCUGUCGUUACCAUGACAACCGUUGGAUAUGGUGACAUGACACCCGUCGGUGUUUGGGGUAAAAUCGUGGGAUCACUGUGUGCCAUUGCUGGUGUCUUGACAAUCGCUCUCCCGGUACCAGUUAUCGUCAGUAAUUUCAAUUACUUCUAUCACCGCGAAACGGAUCAAGAGGAGAUGCAGAGCCAAAACUUUAAUCACGUUACUAGUUGUCCAUAUUUACCAGGUACAUUAGGUCAACAUUUAAAGAAAUCAUCGUUAUCUGAAUCCUCAUCGGAUAUGAUGGAUUUGGAUGAUGGUGCUGAAUCAACGCCAGGAUUGAGUGAAAUGCAUCCUGGUCGUACGGUGGCUCCAUUUUUAGGAGCACAACAACAAUCUAUCGAAAAGCAACAGCAGCAGCAGCAGCAGUUACAACAGCAGCAAGCAUCAUUGCAGCAGGCGUCGCCGCAGCAGUCGCAGCAGCAACAACAAACGCUGCAAUUGCAACAGCAACAACAAAAUGGUUAUAAGCAAUCCGCUACAAGCGUCACCGGUGGCAAUAACUUAACCACCACAACAACAACGCUAAGGCAUAAUAAUGCCCUGGCCGUUAGUAUCGAAACCGACAUUUUAUGCCACAUUUGCCUCACCAAAUCACCCGAAACAGUAACAACAACCACAACCACAACAACAACAACAAAUCCCGUCGGGUUCUGGGGAAAAAUCGUCGGUUCGCUGUGUGUGAUCGCUGGUGUAUUGACCAUCGCACUGCCCGUCCCUGUAAUCGUCAGCAACUUCAACUACUUCUAUCAUCGCGAAACGGAUCAGGAGGAGAUGCAGAGUCAAAAUUUCAAUCACGUCACAAGUUGUUCAUAUUUACCUGGUGCAUUGGGCCAGCAUAUGAAGAAAUCCUCUAUGUCCGAAUCAUCGUCUGAUAUAAUGGAUUUAGAUGAUGGCAUCGAUGCUACACCGGGCUUGACUGAUCAUCCUGGCCGACAUUUAGCUCCAUUUUUGCGAGCACAGCAAUCAUUUGAAAAGCAACAAUUACAGCUGCAACAACAACAGAAUGGCUUGCGUGGCCAAUCGAAUACACUGCAACUGCGUCACAAUAGUGCCAUGGCGGUCAGCAUUGAAACUGACGUCUGACUACUGGUAAAACACUUGGAAAACGGCCUCAAUUGGCAACGUGAAAUGCAGCGUUGGAUGCCAGAAACGUCAUCGAAAGCGGUGUAAUCCGCUUCAGUGCAAAAUGAAGAUUCAAAGCAGUUGAUGAGAACGCAAAUGUCGAAACAGUAUAAACUGAGAACCAAAAAAUCAAAAACAAAAUGUAAAACAAAACAAACAAAUAUUAGUUAAACUUAUUGUUAGCAAUGAAAAUACAGAAAGCGAAUAAUUUUUUUAGAACACAUUUAGAGAAUAUCAUAUUUAGCUACAGAAAAUUAAACUAAAAAUGCAAACAAACAAACAAACAAAACCAAAAAAUGUAAAACAAGUAAAACAUGCAACAACAAAAAACAAUUAAAAGGGAAAAAUUGUAAAUUAUUUUAUUUCUUUUAUAAUUUUUUUUCCUUUUUGGUAUUAGCGGCGAUAAAAAGUACACAAAUAAAAACAAAAGCUAACAAACCAAAUACAUCGAGACAAACUCAUUAAAGAAAGGAAACUAAAUAUUUUUUUAAUUAGUGAAAUUUAUUAGUGUAUUUAUUGAAAACAACCUGACGUCAGUAGCAACAAAAUAGAAGAGCGCAUUCGAAGACAUAAACCAAAGGUGUGAAAUUGUGUAAGACAUCUUUUGUUCGCAUAAGACAUUAAUUAUACGCCUGGUAAACGCACACAGGCACCAAAAUCAAAAACGUUUAAGUCAAUGUUGCUUGUUUUGUUAUAAAAGCAGAUUUUUUCGUUACAAUUUCGAGUAAUUCAUAAGUAAUUUUUUUUUUCCUUCUUCACUCCACUCGGGAGCAUAAGGCCUCGACAAGACUCAGUCUUGCGUUGGUUUCGUUAAUCUAUUUUGUUUUCUGGCAGGGUAGGUGAUUAGCCUGCCGCUACCAGGUAAUUACAAAUUCCGAAAAUAGCGCUGUUGGCAAUUAAUCCCGGAAAUUUCGAGGCUCCAAUUUUUUCAAAUCAGAUUUUUCCUUUACUAUUUCCUGUAAUGCAUAAGUAACUGCAAAUCCCGAAAAGUCCGCUGUUGUUGGCAAUUAAUCCCGGAAAUUUCGGGAUUUCAAAAAAAUCUUAUGCUAUUUCAUGGCGGCCGCCCUAGCCGAAUGCGUUAGUGCGUGACUACUCUUCGGAAUUCAGGGAGGACGUAGGUUCGAAUCUCGGCGAAACACCAAAAUUAAGAAAUCGGCAGGCAAUGACAAACCUCCGGGUGUAUUUCUGCCAUGAAAAAGCUCCUCAUAGGUCCCUCCAUUUGUGGAACAACAUCGAGACGCACGUCACAAAUAGUACGAGGAGCCCGGCCAAAUACCCAAAAGGGAUGUACGCGCCAAUUAUAUACAGUGACCGUCAAAAGUCUACAUACACCCCCCAUUUCCACUGGAUUGAAAGUUCAAAAACUUUACUGAAAAAUGUGUUUACACAGUUUUAUUUGAAACCUUUUUCUAAUCAUUAUAAACUCAAAAAAAUCCAUACAUUAACAUAAAAUAGCAAAGCUAUGGCAAAAAACCCGAAAAUCAACGUUGACUAUAGUCUAUAUACAGUACACAAAUAUCUUUCUCCAGUGUGAGAAACUUCACUUAACUCUAAGUAAUAAUGCUUCUUAGCAUUUGGUUGAUCCACCAUUAGCAUCAAUUACAGCUUGAAGCCGUCGUGGCAUCGAGGUGACUAAAUUUGUUAACUGUGCAGAAGUUAUAUUCUUCCAAGUUUCUAUUAGUCGUUCUUUGAGUACUGAAGCGUUUGAAAUCGGAUUUUUUAUAAUUUUUCGAUCAAAAAUUUCCCAGAAAUCUUCAAUAAUAUUCAAAUCUGGGCUUUUCGGUGGUGUAUUUAAUUGCCUUGAAGCAUGGUAAAGCAGCCAAUCCUUCACAAUGUGCGCUGUGUGCUUUGGAUCGUUAUCCUGUUGAAAGUUCCAAACUGGACCAAGCUCCAAAUCAUCCACCGAAGAUUUCAGAUUGACUUCCAAUAGUGAUUUGUAUUUUAUUGUAUUACCUUCAAUAAAUACUAAUUUUCCUACUCCAGAUGCAGCAACAGCUCCCCAAACCAUUACAUUGCCGCCACCAUGCUUCACUGUUGAUACCAAAUUCUUCGGACUCAGUGCAGUAUUUUUUUCUCCACACUUGUGCUCUUCCAUCGCUACCGAAUAUAUUAAACUUCGACUCAUCUGUAAACAAAACUUUUUGCCAAAAAUCCAUCCCUUUUUCCCUGUGUGCUUUGGUGAACUCCAGGCGAAGUUUACGUUUUUUUUUUUAUUCAGAAAUAAGAGGUUUUUUUCGUGGUGUUCUACUAUGAAAGCCGUUUUUGUUCAGAGGUCUUUGAAUUGCUCUUAGAUGAACACACUUGUUGGAUGAGCUUGCUAUAUCCUCGGCCAAUUUGGGGGCAGAAACUUUUGGAUUUUUGUCCACUUCUUUUAGAAUCAAGCUGACGUCUCUGCGAGAUAGUUUGCUCGGGCGACCACUGCGCGGUUUAUUUCCGACGGAACCACUAUUUUUAAAGUUUUUAACAAUGAUCUGGGCCGUUGCACGACUUAAGUUUAAGAUUUUUGAAAUUUCGCCAUAUGAUUUUUUUCUUUACUGUGCUGAGUAACUAAAUUUCUAACGUCAACUGAUAUAUCUUUUCGAGAAGCCAUUGUAGAUGCUUAAGUAUUCAAAUUGCAACUAAAAUCAAUAUUACCAAAGCAACAAACAUAAGAAAAGGAAAGAAACAGACAAACGGUAUUUUACCGUUAUCACAACAUAGGAUAUAACGAUGGUUUUCGAGAUAAGUGACACAAUUCAAAAAUACAAAAUAUUGAGGUGGGUCAGUUUUCUAGAUAAUUGACGCGCCAAUUCGAUCACCUGACAAAACGACACUAACGCCAUCUCUCAGAAUUGCUUCAAGAUUCGCUUAUGACCAUUUUCCAGAUAAAAAUAUAUAAGCUCUGUAGUUGAUUUUUGCUUUUAACGGCAAAACUCCGAAUUUGAGUUAAUUUUGAGUUGUGUCGCUUUUCUCGAAAACCAUCGAUAAGAGUGUAAGCUAGGAAACCGGUUCUGUAUGUACACUUUUGUCAACGCUGCUUUUGCGUUUUUUUAGCUUAACUGUGUGUUUUAUGUUAAAGAAUGGAGUUGUUUCAGUUAAGUAGAUUAGAAAAAGAUUUCAAAUGAAAUUGCAUAAACACAUUUUUAAGCAAAGUGCUUGUACUUUGUAAACAACGAAAGGGUGUAUGUAGACUUCUGUCGGCCACUCUUUGUCAAAAUGGACUUACACAACUUUCAAAGAAAACGGCUCACUUUGUUUACUUUUUGCUGACUUUGAAAGUGGUGGAAGAACUUCUGAAGACUUUAAAAGUAUACAUUUUUGUAAAUCACAUUAAAAAAAUGAUUACACUAUAAAUUUAAAUCAAUUUAAUAUUUAAAAAACAUUAAAUCAGUGCUUUAACAAAUUCCAAUAUUUUUCAAACCAUUCAAAUGCAAACCCUUAAAUAUCUCGAUAUAAUAUAAAAUGGACUUACCUCACUUUCAAAGAAAACGGCUCAUAUUUUCAAAUGAUUCAUAAGUAACUACGAAUUCCGAAAAUUGCGCUUAUAUUGGCAAUAAAUCCCGUAACUUCGGAAUUCCGAUUUUUUUCAAAUUCUGAAUUAAUUACUUAUGAAUCACAUGAAAUAGUAACGAAAAAGUUGAUUUUGCAGCAAAAAAAUAAACAUUGGCUUGAACGUUUUUGUUUCUGUUUUAUUUGUAAUUAAAGAACCAACACACCCAUACAUAUGUGUGUAUGUAAAAAGUUACAUUUUCUUACUUAAUUUUUUAUUUUAUAAUGAAUUAAUAUGUACUAACUCUUAUUCUGCUUAAAUUGUAUUAAAUUAAAAAAAUAUGAAUUUCUUUCAACCACAAAAUACAUUUUUUUAUUUUCUGAGUUGUUUUUUUUUUGUUAGAGUAUUUCUCGACAUGCCAUAAAUUACUUCAACAGAUAUGUGCAGGCUAAAGUAUUACUAAAAGCGUAGAAAUUUAACUAUUGUGUCUUGUUUUGUUGCUGCUCUAAUAAUUUUUAUUUGAAAUAAAAAAGUAAAUUUAAAACUUAUUUAUUUAUUUUUUAUUUUAUGCUAGAGGAGGUUAUUACACAAUAUUGUUGCAAUUUUUUCGAAUUAAGUUGUUGCAAACUAAUGAAUAUCUAAAUACCGGAACUAGUCCGGAAUGUCAUAACGAGAUCCCGAAAAUCCCAGGAUCACAAGUAAAGUAAAAAUCAACAUACCUAACAGACACACAAAAGCAUUCAUGUAACAAAUAAAACUGAAGCAGAAAUAAUUUUUUGGCCUGCAGUAAAGAAAGCAGAAAUGUGGUUGUAGAAAUGAGAAUUCUUAGAUUGGAGCUUUAAGUUAAUGUAGAAUGAAAAUGCUGAGAACUAACAGAAGUUCUAGAAUGUCAUAUAUAUAUACAUAUAUAAAUACUAGUACACGCAAUGGGCAGCGACUUAUGUGAGCGAAUUCGACAAUAAAAUAUUGUACUUAACCUGGUUGGUACCCACUUGAUGGCCAGCCUCGUUAUGGUGGAGCCCGUAAUUUUGCGCAUCCUUGCAACUAUAGUAUAAUAUGAUCCUCCACGACGAGAUUUCAUUUAGGGAGGGAUAUUAGAUAUCAAAUCAUCAAUAAUGGCAGCCGCCGUAGCCGGUUUGUCCUUAGUUCGUGGGUAUAAAAUAUUAAACGAUUAAAAAAGAGUUUUUCCUACGAACUCACAAACAAAAACAAACCUCUAAAUGUAUUUCGGCAACCACCGUAACCGAAUUAGUUGGUGCUUUACUACCAUUUGGAAGUACCCGGGUUCGAAACUUCUUACAUAAAACAUCAAAUGGUAGAAAAGUUGUUUCUAACAGUGGUCCCUCUGCGACAGGCAAUGGCAAACCUCCGAGAAUAUUUCUGCCACGAAAGAGCUCUUCAUAGAAAAAACCGUUUACCAUUUAGAGUCGGCCUAAAACUGUAGAUCCCUCCAUUUGUGGAACGGCAUCAAGACGUACAUCACAAAUAGAAGGAGGAGCUCAGCAAAGGGCUCAAGCGCCAAUUAUGUAUGCAUAUAUAAGUGUAACAAAUCUAUGCGAUGUAGAAACUGCUCAUAAGCCGUAUCCAUGAAAUACCAAGUCAAUUGGUUUAAACCGUUUUUAAGAAUAUACAAGUCAUACUAGUAGCGGCGAUAGAAGAAGAGGAAGACCUUUUUUGCCAUAGAGAGAUGGACUUUACUUGGUGUGUUCAAUUGGUGCCGUUUAGGACGAGGAAGAAAUUACUGGCGCACUUUGUUAAGGGAGAUACACGCACUUUGUUACAGAUACCUGUAAACGACCAUAUUUUCCCUCAUUUUCAUUAAAAUUAUUUAAAAUGAGUCCAUAUAUUCUUUUCAAAAUUGGUAUACAGUUUAUUUAUAUAUUAAAAUAAAAUAAUUUUUUUUUUUAUUUUAAUAAUUUUUUUUUUUAUUUUAAUCAUUUAAAAUGGCGGAUGUUCACUCAAUUCUACCAGGAAGGUCGCAGCGGGCCAUCGACGUCACUGACCUGAAUACAAAAAACUAAAAUUUUUUUUGUUUAUUAAUAUCAUAAUUUCUAUAUAAAUUAAAAAAAUGGAAAAAAAAAAUCGCGAAAUAAAAUGCUUAAAAAAAAUGAAUUUUGGAGCGAAUUUUCCUACUAUUUUUACUUCGAAAAAAUUAUUUUUUUGAAAAAUUUUCGAAAACUUUAACUUCACAUAAAAAGUACAUAAUAUCAUAAAAAAUAUAUGUGCAAAAUUUCAGGGCGAUCGGUCAAUAACUUUUCGAGUUAUCGUGUACGCCAAUUCGAAAAAUAUAUUUUUGGGAAAAACGCGUCUAAAGUUUGAAUACAACGUAACUAUACCUCUCCCAGCGCUCGAACGCAAAGAUUAGAGUCAUCACGGUUGACGAUCUAUAAUAUAAGAAAUACUUAAAUUUACUUUCUAAAAUUUUUUUGACAUAUUCUUAAAGGAGUAUAUUAACAUUUUAUGAAAAAAAAAAUUACAGGUAUCUAUCCCCUUAAGGUGGUUAACUAGCGCACUUUGUUGAGGUGGCCGGUUAAGAAGAACAAUUGAAAAGCUAGAUUUGAAGCUCAAAACACGUGCAAAGUCAUACAAGUUUUUUUAAUGAGGGUGGCAAAAAGCGUUGAAAGCCGAAAAGAGUGAGACUUAUCUUUCGACUCACCCACUAAAAACCCAUCCCAACCGAAUUUCCCUCAAGCGGGCAACCGUUAAGUAUUACUUCACACUUAUAUGACGUAAGCUGUUAUAUGACAUAAGCUGCUGCCUACUGUAUGUAUGUAUAUAUCAUAUCUACUCAUAAGUAUUAUCUAUGCAUAGACCCAGACUAAGUGUAAUUAUCUAAUUUUGAGGUCACUAAUCUAAUAAAUGAAAAUUCUUAACAAUUAAUAUGCGGCCUGUAGUCAACAUUUUUAGUUCAUAUUCAGCAAAAACUGAAAUUCCGCACAAAUUAUAAUAUUCGUAACUAUUCUUUUGUUUUUUUUUUAAUUUCAUAAAAUUUUUUAAAAUCCAUUUCACUAAAAUCAUUAUCAAAUUUGAGAUCCGCUUCAAUUUAUUCGUAGAGUUUUUCCAUAGAUUUCAAGUCAAACCUUAUGUGAUAUUCUGCUAACGUCAUACACACAUACAAACAUACAUACAUAAACCUACAGCUAAAUCUAAGUAUGAAUUCACCCUACUAUGCCUACAGGCGGUUAUCCACACACACACACAUACACAUUGCCAUACAUAAGUACGAUAAAUUAAUCAAUAAAACUGCCGUUACGUUUAAAAAGUAAUACAAAAUAUGAAACACAAAGCAACAAACAAGUGCUCGUACUCGUACACACACAAAGAAAAAACAACAACAAAAUAUUUAACUACAAAACUAUUAAAGUAAAAAAAACCAAAAUACGGAUACAAGAACACAAAGAUUAACUCUCCUUCCUCUUUUUGUUAUUGUAAAUACAUGACAAGAAAUUAACUGCAAAACAAACGUAAUAGUCAACUGCAACAAACGCUAAGAAAAAAUACAAAGAUAAAAAAAGAAUGAAAACUAAGAAAUAUUUAUUAGAGACAACCAACUUGUAAAUUAUGAAAACUAUUACAAUUCUAGCUACACAUACAUACAUACAUAUAAAAUAAACUUUUUUUUUAAUUUUUAAU